CUCGUGUGGAAACCUAUAAAUAAACGAGUGAGUCCGUCUUAUCGAGACCGCAAAUGCAAAACUUAACUACAAACUCUGUUUAUGGAACCACCGCAGCAGCGUCAUUUCGCCGGAAGCUUUUUCCUUCAUAUAAACCCUAAUCUCACCUACUGUAAUUCACACAUACAAUGAUCUCAUAUAUUAUUAUUAUUAUCUCCCUGUAAUAAUAAUAAAUCCACUCAACAAUGAACACCGUCUUCGAAGAAGAUGAGAAGGAUCUCGAAAAGGGGUCAGAUUCAGGCUCAAAUCCCGUUCACCGAAAGUCACCCUCUCCGUCUCGUAGGGUAAUAGACUCUUACCCCGCCCCUUCCCCGAGGGCACCUGCAUUAGUGGUAUCCAAUUCCGGUAGAUUAUGGAUAUCAUCUUCAAACGCUGCUAAAUUAUUCGGUGCUUCAAGUUCCAGUAGCAGCCUGCCGAACACACCGGGCUCAUGCAUGUCACCAUCAUAUACCACUUCCAAUUCCGGAAAAUCGUUAUUGGGAUCGUAUUCAGGGAAAUCAUUGAUGGGCCAGGGUUCGAGAAAGAAGUAUGUGCAGCAGGUGACCGGUAAACACAACGAUACCGAGCUCCACUUGGCGGCACGACGUGGCGAUGUGAUGGAGGUUAGACGGAUUCUCGAUGAGAUUAAUGAGCAAAUGCUGAGGACCAUGAAGGGGGAUGAGUUUGAUGAUGAGGUGGCGGAAACUACGGCUUCGGUGGUGAAUGAAAUGAAUGAGUUGGGAGAAACGGCUUUGUUUACGGCAGCAGAAAGAGGGUUUAUCGAGGUUGUGAAAGAACUGUUGCCGUACACAACUAAAGAAGGACUUGCUUUGAAGAACCGGUCCGGUUUUGAUACGUUGCACAUUGCUGCUAGAGAAGGUCACCGGGAGAUUGUCAAGGUCUUUCUGGACCAUGACCCGGGGCUUAGCAAAACCGUAAGCCAGUCGAAUUCAACCCCGCUUACAACCGCAGCUGCAAGAGGCCAUUCAUCAGUAGUCGAUGAACUGUUAUCACGAGAUUCCAGUAUAGUAUAUAUCACAAGAUCAAAUGGAAAAAAUGCAUUACACUUAGCUGCCAGACAAGGCCACGUGGACAUCGUCAAUGCAUUGCUAAAAAAGGAUCCAUUAUUGGCCAGAAAAACCGAUAAGAAAGGUCAAACUUCUUUGCAUAUGGCGGUAAAAGGGGUUAGUUCGGAAGUUGUGAGAUUGCUUCUUCAGGCUGAUCCGGCCAUUGUCAUGCUUCCUGACAAGUUUAGUAACACGGCUUUGCAUGUAGCUACACGAAAGAAACGGGUUGAGAUAGUAAACGAGUUGUUACUUCUCCGAGACACAAACGUAAACGCCUUAACACGAGACCACAAAACCGCUCUAGACAUCGUGGAAAACCUCCCGUUCUCCGAAGAAACCUCCGAAAUCAAAGAAAUCUUAAUCCGUUACGGCGCCCGACAAGCAAACGACUUAAACCAACCAAAAGACGAGCUCCGACAAACCGUAACUGAAAUCCGAAACAACGUCCACAACCAAGUGGAACAAGCCCGAAAAACAAACCGAAACAUGAGCGGCAUCGCUAAAGAAUUGCGUAAACUCCACCGUGAAGGCAUCAACAACGCCACCAACUCCGUCACCGUAGUGGCAGUACUCUUCGCCACUGUCGCAUUCGCAGCCAUUUUCACUGUCCCCGGUGGUGAUGAUAAUGAUGGAGUGGCGGUUAUGGUGCACGCACUGUCGUUUCAGGUGUUUUUUAUAUCUAAUGCGGUCGCAUUGUUUACGUCGUUAGCGGUGGUGGUGGUGCAGAUAACGGUGGUGAGGGGGGAGAUCAAGUCGGAGAGGAGGGUGGUUGGGGUGAUUAAUAAGUUGAUGUGGUUGGCGUCGGUUUGUACGACGGUUGCAUUUAUUUCUUCGUCAUAUAUAGUGAUGGGGAGACAUCAUAGAUGGGCGGCAAAUCUAGUGACGGUGUUUGGUGGGGUGACGAUGGCGGGUGUUUUGGGGGUUAUGACUUAUUUUGUUGUGAAGUCGAAGAAGUUGAGGAGAGUGAGGAGGAAGUCGAAAGGGAGUGGGUGGCGGAAUACGGAAUUUUCUGAUGAUGAUGUUAACCGGAUUUAUGCUAUUUGAUUGUAUUAUUGAUCAAAAGAAUAUUAUACGGGAUUAUUCUAACUACUUGUUGCUGCAUAUGGAAGUCGAGGAAUUUGUGUUCUCCUCUAAAUCGGCUAGCAUCUCAAAAACGAUUGAGGAUAUUAAAUUUUUGGGAUUUUUUUUGGAUUAAAAAUAGGUCUUUCCUUAAAAGUGUUCUGUGGAAACAUUGAUGUAAAUUUUCUUUGUAAUUCAUUGUUGUUCUUUUUUU